AUGUUAUCUAGAUCUUUUCACACAAGUAGAUUGUUAAAAAAUGGUAAAGUUUGGUCAAAUUUUGCCUUCAGAUCUAAAAGUUUAGGUAUCAAUUCAGAUGUUGUCAAAAAAGCUGUGCUAGAUGGAAUGCUGGCUUCUGGGCCUCCAUCCAUCAAGAGGAAAUUCAACCGUACUAAAUACAAUUCUCCUGAAAAUAUUGAUUCAAUGUUCAAAUUGUCUUAUGACUUUUUACAAAAUAAAGCUGCUGCUUUAUAUGAAGAAUUAGAGAAAAUUAAAGAUCCAACUUUGAAAGAUGAUUUAUUGGUCAAAGCUGAAAUAAAUAAUCCAGAAGUACAAUAUAACUUUGAAUUUCACGAUAAAAUAGAUAACGAUCCAGCUAUAAUCGACUAUGAACAACCUGUUUACAGAUAUUUAGGGCGUGAAAACUGGAAAUCAUACCGUCAAAUGCUUUUGAUGCAAAGAUUAGAAACACUUAAGGCAAUUCCAGAUACUUUACCAACAUUAGAGCCAAAAGCCGACGUUCAUGUGAAGUUUCCUUAUUCUACAGGUAUCAACAAAUGGAUUAACUCUGGUGAAACUCUUUCGACUUUAGCAACAUCGUUACCUCCAGUGUUUAAAGUUCAAGAAUAUGACUCGAUCAAUGUUGAUAAACAAUUAUAUACAAUAUUGGUUGUUAAUCCUGAUGUUCCAGAUUUGAUAAAUGAUACCUAUUGCACAUGUUUAAACUAUGGUUUAACUAACUUAAAGUUAAAGUACAACGAUAAUAUCAUUGAUUUAAGAAAUAUUGAAAAAGAACAUUCGAUUAUAGCUGAUUAUCUACCACCAGUCCCAGAAGAAAAUAUUGGUCUUCAAAGAUUUAUUGUAUGGGUCUUCAGAAAUAAAGAAUCAAUCAAUAUUAAUAACUUAGAUAUUGAUAGAAAUAAUUUUAACAUCAGAAAAUUUGCUAAGGACAAUGAAUUAGAAGCUAUUGGUAGUGAAAUAUGGAGAAGUGAAUUUGAUUCAAACGUUUCUAAGGUCAGGGAAAUGUAUGGCUUACCUAAAGGUAGAUUAUUUACUAAAACUCGUAAUUAA